UCCUCAGUGUGUGAGAGGUCUUUCGUGUAUUUCCUCCAGGCUGCAAUUCACCGCGUCGCGUGUGAAGGCAGUUCAAGUCCGUUUGGAUAUCAACACAUUCUUCUCUACGUGGUAUGAGGAAGGAUUUCAUUCGUAGGAUAAGACAUACAUCAUCCAACCAUUUUGCGGAAAACCUACUCCAUAUUCUAGUUUUAUAAUGUGCCCUACCAGCUUUACCAUGGGAACCAAAGGAAAUAUAGAAAAUAUCUUGCCAUUAAGUGGCUCUGGCCACUUUGUGCCUCUCGUUGUUGUACUGGUAGGAUUACCAGCCAGAGGAAAAACGGUUUUAGCUCACAAAUUAGAACGGUAUUUGAACUGGAAUGGCCAUCAAACCAGAGUUUUCAGCGUUAGCUCGUACAGAAAGAAACAUGAGAGCCAACUUUUUAAAAGCAGAGACAUUAUGUGCCCUAUUGAUUCAAAAACAGCAGAAAUAAGGAAUGCUUAUAUUCAUGAAGCUAUUAAUGACACUCAAAGAUGGCUCAAUGUUGGAGGUGACAUUGCUAUUUUAGAUGGAACCCAUCCCACUUUUGAAAUUCGUCAAUUACUUCAUGAUUUUUUUGUAAAACAGUUAUCUUAUAAAAUCCUCUUCAUUGAAUGCAUUCUGGAUGAUGCAAAGCUUAUUGAAGAAAACAUAAAGGAAACCGCUCAACUUAGCGAAGAUUACAGACACUUGGAAUUUUCUACUGCAGUGAAUGAAAUAAAUGAAAAAAUUGAUAUGUUUUCCUCUGUAUAUAAGCCAAUAUGUCCGAGAUCAGAAUCAUCUUAUAGUUACAUCAAAUUUAAUAAUGCUGGUGAGAACAUCAAUGUUCGCAGGUUGGAUGGACCAUACCAGACAAAAGUAUUAGGCUUUGUAUCUUGUUUCCGUCCAAUAAGAAAAACACUGUAUUUUUCUAGACAUGGAGAAAGCGAGUAUAACCUCUUGGGCCGAAUCGGAGGCGAUACAUCAUUAUCAGCACGUGGGAAGCAUUAUGCAUCAUUAUUAGCUAAUUACUUUAACAGUGCAAAAGUUGAUUAUCUCAGAGUCUGGACCAGUGAGAAAAAGAGGACGAAGCAAACAGCAGAAGGAAUUCAAGCUCCAAUUGAGAACCUAAUUCCUCUUAAUGAGUUGGAUGCUGGAAUUUGUGAAGGCAUGAGUUAUGAAGAAAUGCAAGAUAAAUUUCCACAAGAAUUCGCUUGGAGGGACCAGGAUAAGUUAAGGUAUAGAUACCCCUGGGGUGAAUCGUAUCUUGACAUUAUGUCUCGACUGGAGCCAGUAUUGCUGGAAUUGGAAAGAGAAGAUUCUGUACUUGUUAUCAGUCACCAGGCUGUGCUUAGAUGUAUUAUUGGAUACUUCUUAAAUUCAGACCCAGAAAAGCUGCCUUAUUUAAACGUACCUCUGCAUACUGUAAUCAAGCUGACAACCAAAGGAUAUGAUUUUGAGGUGGAGUACAUCAAAUUUAAUGUUGAUUGUGUCAACACUUAUAGGAAACAACCUGAGGUAUGUACAAAAUCUGUUCAUGAAAACAUCUAAUAAGUAAAAUACUGGAAAAGUACAAAUUCAUUUACAUGUUUCUUUCUUUGGCAGAACUGUUCAGCAGAUCGCAGUAUGGAAGAUAUUCAACUAACUAUACCCGCACAUUUUGAUUCGACGGAUGUUCGGAUAGGGGAUUCAUUUGUCACUGCUUAGUAAUAUAAGCCUACAAAAGAUGAAGUUAACUGUUGGAAUAACAGUUAAAGUUGUUGUUGCCUACAGCAAACUUUUAUCUGUUGUAAAUGUAAAUGUUUUAGUAAUGUGCAUUUAACAAAUGUUUUUGAAGGGUAAUUUCUACUUAGCCCUAACAGUUAAAGUGAAUUUCUAAUGUGCCCCCUAAUUCACUUAGUGAUUAAUGGAAAGUUGAAAGUGGCACCUCAGUUAAGAAAAGUCUGUGAACUGUUGAGGUUAUAUAUUGAAAACCACAGUAUACUUGGUUAUGUGCAGUAUACAUAAGAUGAGACUGUUUAAAUCAUAUAAUUUUUUACAUCAUGUUUUCAGUAUUUAUUGUAAAGACUUUUAGAUUAUAUAUUAUUGUUAAACACAUGUAUAUUUUAUUAAAGAUAGAUUUUGUUAUUUUAUCAACUUGUUUUGUUAUUUUCCAUUUUUAUUCUGUAAAUUUCAGAGUGUUGUAUUUGAAACGAUCGUCGAAUUUCUCAAAAUAUGUUCAAAUUGUUUUUGGUAUGAUAGAAAUUAUCAUGAGUGUGAGUAAAAUUUUAUAAAAAAAUUAUUAUUACUUUUUUUAAUAAGAUGGGUACUUCACUAGCAGGCACUGAUUGCUAUCAGAAAAUGUUUAUAACCUGAACACUGAUAAUUCCGAUAAGGCAGUGAUAAGCCUUCUAAUAAUUUCUAUCUUCGUAUUAUUGAAAGUGUAUACAGAAACAAAAACAAAUGUAAUAACAAAAAAAAUACUUUUAUUUUACGACACGUAUAUUAAUGAAAUAAUAAAAAAAAUACUUAAAGAAGAUAUGUAUGUAUAAAAGAUCAAAAUGAAAUAAUAAAAAAACACUUAAAGAACAUAUGUACAUAUAAAAGAAAAAAUAUCAACACUAUAAACGACAUAUGUACAAUUUAUUUUCACUUUGUCUUAUUUAUUUUGGUAGGCAAAAUAGUUUUCUGCUAUUUAAAAUAGCAAGGAACGGGUCCUCUUCUUUUUAAUCCCGCCACCACAAAAAUUUGCAUAAAUAUGAAUUGAGGUGUUGUCUGGCAGUUCCUCUAUGUAUUUUAUUUCUCCACUUAGUUGAGCCCCAUAAUCGUUCUAUGUCUUGAGUAUGAACCCCAGUUGAUGGAUGUUCAAAAUUAUACCUGUGAUUCACUUGGAAAUGGUCAUCCUUUCCAACAGUCCGAAUAAAUGGCCCUUCCCUCUUCUAUAUUGUCUUUAAUUGCUUGUAAUAAGGUUGUUGCCUUUCAGUCAUUUAUUUUGACGAUG